UAACCUGUCCCUUCUUUCUCUUCAUCAGGUUGACCUCUUCAAAAUGAUUCCCUGUAGAGCAGUUCUGUCUUUUGCCCGAUGUUUGAUCCGGAGAAAAAUCGUCAUUCUGGACAGUCUUGAAGACUCCAAAUUAAGCCGUUGCUUAUCCACCGUGGACCUCAUUGCUCUGGGCGUUGGAAGCACUCUUGGUGCUGGGGUUUACGUCCUCGCUGGGGAGGUCGCCAAAGCUGAUUCUGGCCCCAGUAUUGUCCUUUCUUUUCUCAUUGCUGCCCUCGCUUCCGUGAUGGCAGGCCUUUGCUAUGCUGAAUUUGGUGCCCGAGUUCCCAAGACUGGGUCGGCGUAUUUGUACACUUAUGUUACUGUUGGAGAGCUCUGGGCCUUCAUCACUGGCUGGAAUCUCAUUUUAUCUUAUGUGAUAGGUACGUCAAGUGUUGCAAGAGCGUGGAGUGGCACUUUUGAUGAACUUCUUAACAAACAGAUUGGUCAGUUUUUCAGGACGUACUUCAAUAUAAAUUAUACUGGCCUUGCAGAGUAUCCUGACUUUUUUGCUGUGUGCCUUAUAUUACUUCUAGCAGGUCUUUUAUCUUUUGGAGUAAAAGAGUCUGCUUGGGUGAAUAAAGUCUUCACAGCUGUUAAUAUCCUGGUCCUUCUCUUUGUUAUGAUUGCUGGGUUUGUGAAAGGAAAUGUGGCAAACUGGAAGAUUAGUGAAGACUUUCUCAAAAAUAUAUCAGCAAGUGCCAGAGAGCCGCCCUCUGAAAAUGGAACAAGUAUCUAUGGGGCUGGCGGCUUCAUGCCUUAUGGCUUUGCAGGAACUUUGGCUGGGGCUGCAACCUGCUUUUAUGCCUUUGUGGGAUUUGACUGCAUUGCAACGACUGGUGAAGAAGUCCGGAAUCCUCAGAAAGCUAUUCCUAUUGGAAUUGUGACUUCUUUACUGGUUUGCUUUAUGGCCUAUUUUGGGGUCUCUGCAGCUUUAACACUUAUGAUGCCAUACUACCUCCUGGAUGAAAAAAGCCCCCUUCCUGUAGCAUUUGAAUAUGUUGGAUGGGGUCCUGCCAAAUACGUUGUCGCCGCGGGCUCCCUCUGUGCUUUGUCAGCAAGUCUUCUGGGCUCUAUGUUUCCUUUACCCCGAAUUAUGUUUGCCAUGGCCCGGGAUGGUUUACUGUUUAGAUUUCUUGCCAGAGUGAGUAAGAGGCAGUCACCAGUUGCUGCCACAUUGACUUCAGGGUUCAUUUCUGCUGUGAUGGCAUUUCUUUUUGACCUGAAGGCACUCGUGGACAUGAUGUCCAUUGGCACUCUUCUGGCCUACUCUCUGGUUGCAGCCUGUGUUCUCAUCCUCAGGUACCAGCCUGGCUUAUCUUACGAGCAGCCCAAAUAUUCUCCUGAGAAAGAAGCUCUGGGAUCAUGUGCCAGCACAGCCUCGGAAAGCACCUCCCAGGUCACCAUGCUGCAAGAACAGGGUUUCAGCCUGCGAAGCCUCUUCAGCCCCUCAGCUCUGCCUACACAACAGUCAGCUUCUCUUGUGAGCUUUAUGGUGGGAUUCCUUGCAUUUCUUGUUUUAGGCCUGAGUAUUUUGACCACUUACGGAGUCGAUGCUCUUGCCAGGCUGGAAGCAUGGAGCCUUGCUCUUCUCGUGCUGUUUCUUGUUCUCUUCAUUGCCAUCGUUCUCACCAUGUGGAGACAGCCCCAGAAUCAGCAUAAAGUAGCCUUUAUGGUUCCAUUCUUACCAUUUUUGCCGGCAUUCAGCAUCCUGGUGAACAUUUACUUGAUGGUCCAGUUGAGCGCAGUGACUUGGAUCAGAUUUAGCAUUUGGAUGGCACUUGGUUUCCUGAUUUACUUCGCUUAUGGCAUUAGACACAGCCUGGAGGGUAGUGGAAGGGAUGAAGAUGAUGAAGACGCUUAUUUAGACAACAUUAACGCAGCAACAGAAGAAAAAUCUGCCAUUCAAGCAAAUGACCAUCACCAAAGAAACCUCAGUUUACCUUUCAUGUUCCAUGAAAAGACGAGCGAAUGCUAACACUUGUAGGAGCAGA